GAGGAAGAUGGCACCGUCUACGGUGGCGAUCUCCGAAAUAGCAAUGGUGACAAAAUCAUUCCAACUGCUGCGGAUCGCCGAGCGCACCACAACGCCCUGGAGCGGAAGCGGCGCGACCACAUCAAGGACAGCUUUACCAGCCUCCGUGACUCGGUGCCGUCACUGCAGGGCGAGAAGGCAUCGCGGGCGCAGAUUCUGAAGAAGGCCGCCGAGUACAUUCAGUUCAUGCGGAAGAAGAACAACAACGUCCAGAGCGACAUUGACGAGAUUGCCAAGCAGAAUAAGAUGCUCGAGGAUCAGAUUCGACGAAUGGAAAAGGCGAAAAACGGUGGAGGUAGUGUCGGCAGUGGAGGCCUAAGCUCGCUGCACCUCGCCGGCAGCAGUGGCGGCAGCAGCAGCUCGGCGGCUGCUUCCUCAGUGGGAAACGGCGUGGGCGGCGGCGGCGGUGGCGGUGGCUCUCCGCUGCUGUACACCGAGCAGAUUGAGGUGUCCACCUCCUAUGACACCUCGGAGCAGGACAGCAAUGGAAGCUGCAGCAACUCCAAUGGUCCUAUGAUCAUUCAGCAGCAGCCGAUGCAGCCAAUGCACA